CAGUUCUCAUCAGAUAUUGUUGUUGUUUUCAAUAAGCAUAAUCCAGAUUUUGCACAACCUGAGCAACUAAACAUGGCCCAAGUUCCCUUGGCUAUUGUGUCACACAAACGCCAGGUGUGCAGCUUGUACAAGCGAGCUGUGCGCAAUCUGGAGGCAUGGUAUGAUCGUCGUGAAGUGUUCCGUUAUCGGGCGGUGCAGAUGCGUGCACGCUUUGAUGAGAAUCGGAACAAGGAUCUGGCAGAGGGUAUGCGCCUGCUAGCCUGCGGCCAAAAGGAACUCUUUGAGACGAAACAUUACCAGCCAAGAAACUUUGCUAAUAGUGCUGGCGGUUGUGCGUAUGAGCGUGAGGUCAUCCCACCAGAUUGGCUGCUGGACUACUGGCAUCCGCUGGAGAAGGCGCAAUAUCCAGAGUAUUUUGCCAAACGUGAACAACGCAAGAAAGAAUUUGUGGUCUGGUGGGAGAAGCAAUAUGGCAAGCCGGAUCCCAAGGAUUUGGGACACCAUUAAACUAGCUUUAAAUAAUGUAGUCAAACCCAAUAUUUGUUUCUGAAGUAAAAAAAAAAACCAUUGGGCAAACACGAGCAUACAUUGGCUGUUAAUAGAAAUCUAUUAUUUGAAAUGAUGAGAAUUUACGACAUAUUCGAAAAUGUAUAUGCUGAUGGGCUGAUUCAUUAUCUGAUCGAACAAUUCGCCAACCAAUAUAAUAUACGGUUCUAGUUAGUUA